UAUAGGUGAACAGUGUAAUGUCUAAAACAAAGACUCAGUAACAAAUGUAAGUUCAUAAAUGACUACGACAAUGCAGGUUACUAAUUUUGGGGCAAAUGGAUUUCUACCUGGAGAUUGUUUGUUCUUGUCUCCUGACGCGAAAAACCUUACUGAUGUGGAGAUCUUAGGUAGGUUUUUCAUGAAGAGCGUAUUUUUGCAAUGAAACAUCCACUGAGCUAAUUAACUCUACGAACAGUUUGUCGAUUGGUUCGUCAGGGGACGUUCGUAAUUGUCAGACGUAUGGUUUUCAACGAGGUUUGCGAUGCAGGCAACAAAAAGCGACAUCUCUGUGAGGGAAAAAUUCAAAUAAAAGAUUUAAGCUCUAGCUAUUCUUUUUAAGUAUAAUAAUACUAUUUCUAACAACGCCGUUGCAACAAAGGUGUCGGAUAGACCACUGAUUGGCCAAGCAGUCGUCAUUAAGCUGACAUGUACGGCGAAAUAUUGUUGUACGAGCAGUGUGUUAACAUAUCCCUGUAGCAAGAGAUGUGCUUAAGCCGUGUCGCUCGAUGCUACACGUUCAUCCUAAUUAGAAACCCUGUGUUUAAUCUGUUUCUUUUCGUCGCGACAUUAAACAAAUGCAUUUUGUUAAACCCUUUAAUGAAAGCGCUGGUUGGGAGAUCCCCUAUCGUAAUGCUACUAUACAGAAAUCGGUUGAUGGAAAUGUUGCUUUCGGAUCCACUAGUACGAUUUUCGCUCACGCUAACCAGGCACCAAUCGUGCGCCUUACGGCGUUUGUUUUUGAGACAUUGGGGGAAACCGCUGAAUUCCCUUCUCCUCACCGUGGUCCCGCAAUAGUAGAGGUGAUGGCCUCGCUAGUUAUUGCGUAUGGAUCCCCAUCUCCAAAUGUAGUGGAUAGUGUUGUUUCACACGCGGUCUGCCGGCAUCUGCCGGUCGAAGAUUUCGGUAUUGCGGGGGGUUCUCAAUUUAACUAAGCAAGCAAUACUGACUGGACAAGCGGCCGACGCUGGGGUCCAGCCGAUGAUAAUGCAGCGAUGUAUAUGACUUAGUCACGCACUAGUCCCCUUUCGUCCCAGAGAGGACUGGGCAUAUGGAUAAGAAGUUGCGAGUGUUUCUAAGCAAAGAUGAAUUGUCAGCCCCUCGACAACUGACCAAGCUAGCCUGCCCACGGAUCGUGUGAAAUCUUAAAGAGACUACCAGCCCUGUUGUCGCAGACACGAAGUGUCGUUAAUGCCCGCCUAUCCCUCUAUCCCGAAGCUGGGCUAACCUGCCAUGCAACAUUGCAGGAGUGUCAACGAAGUCACGCAGCGUUCUCUUGACGACCGAAACGUCACCCGUGCUACCUAUGAGUAAGAGUUUCGGACCGAUCAAUUCAUUCACCAGUAUCAGUGACGCGCUUGUUAUCAAUCAACGUACUGCUCAAGCUCGGAGCUUGCCUUCGAAGCGCGUUUAACGAGUUCGACACGACAUCAGUCAAAGCUAUUGAGUAAAGUUCGGCAGCGAGCGUACAGGAUCACUGGAUAUUGAGCGUAUCUAACUUAUAGAGAGCAGAAGUCCUAAUCGUGUUGCUGUAUUUGUCAAUCGGCGCUUUUGUUAAUGUUGUUGAUCUGCAUACUGUAACGAAACUGGCAGACGUCAUACACACGAGUAUAACAAUUAAUAACAGAUUUUUUACGAUCGACAACUUGUGGACGUAUUUCAAAGGUAUCGAUCUAUGCAUGAUGCUAGUAGACGAACCAGCCAGUGUCGCCUUGCUCAGAUGUUUAUUAAGGCGUAGACUUGACACGGAGUUGAGUCAACAAAACGCAAAAAAUUUAUACGAUGAUGAAUUUGAUAUAGUGGUUGUGGUUAGGAAUUUUGUGCUUCAACAGAAAUUGUAAGGACAGAGACUGGUAUAAAGAAAGUUUUUGGCUUGUCAUAUCUCCACGGUUCGAAGUCCGGCAGCCCGCGAAUCUGCUUAUUGUUAACUUAACAUUAAUUGAUUGACUCAAGUUAUGGAUUAGCGAUGUAAGUCAGAGUGUGACAAUAAACGUUCAGUCUUCCAUCAACUACGAUACACUGAGUUAUGCUUCUCUCUUUAUAAGGGUAUCGUACAAGUAGAUUUUGUUACCGUCUACAGCAUCGUCCCAGGACUCGCUGAUGACAGCUGGGAGCCCCGAAGCGUCUUCAGUGUCCAAUGGAGAUCUGUCGGACAAUAUUAACGUGGUCGUCCGGGUUCGUCCUACUAAUGACAUCGAGACACGCCACAAGGACUCCCACGCCCUUCAGUAUCCGGGCGAGGGGCAAAUUUUGGUGGACGAGGAACAGACGACGCAAACAAAGCUAUUCACCUUUAGCGUCGUAUUUGAACCUGAAGCAACGCAAGAGGACGUACUUGAAUAUUGUGGAGUUAAACGCUUAUGCGACGCCGCGCUCGAUGGAUUUGCGUCGACAAUUAUGGCGUAUGGACAGACCGGCGCUGGUAAAACCUAUACGAUGACCGGCACUGAAGCAGGCAAGGAUAAUCAACCAGGACUUAUUCAGCUCUCAUUUGCAUAUCUAUUCAACGAACUAAAGCAGAGAAAGGAGACGACGUACGUGGUGCGUGCGUCGUACCUGGAAAUCUACAAGGAGCACGUUCUGGAUCUCCUGAAUCCGUCGCCGAAGAGUUUGCAAGUUCGAUGGAAUAAGAACAAAGGCCACUACGCCGAAAAUCUAUUUGUGGUCGAAUGUGAGGAUAUCGGCGACCUUCAGGGAGUCCUUGAGGAAGGCCGGAAGAAUCGUCAAAUCCGUUCGCACGAGAUGAACGAACAUUCAUCCCGUUCGCAUACAAUCCUCACCGUGUACCUCAACUCGGAACAGAAGGACUUCGAUGACCCAACUAGUUAUAUUCGCAAACAGGGCAAGCUGAGUUUUGUCGACCUGGCAGGUUCAGAAAAGACGAAAAAAACAAAAUCGCAAGGAAGCACGCUUAAGGAAGCCAACAACAUCAAUAAGAGUCUCCUCGUGCUCGGCAAUUGUAUUUCAAUGCUAGCGGAUCCGAAGAAACGCAAUGGGCAUAUCCCGUACCGGGAUUCAACGCUUACAAAACUGUUGUCAGACUCCCUGGCUGGAAACGGGAUGGCACUUAUCAUCGCCUGCGUAUCUCCUGCGAGGUCAAAUACGCUUGAGACUAUUCAGACUCUACGGUACGCCUCGCGCGCGCGAAGGGUUAAAACUAAGCCGAUGGUUCGAAUGGACCCACGAGAGCUGACCAUUUUGUCGCUACGUCGUGAAGUGAAACUUCUACGCAUGGAAAAUGCCUAUCUUAGGCAACAAAUCAAGAAUAACGCCGGCGCUGUCAAGCUUGACAAGGUGGUUUCAACUGCAGUUCUUCCUAAAACCCCAGACUCAGGCUUAGAAAUUGACAAUAGCGAGGAUCCGAUCAAGGAUAGGCAAAUGGUCACCAAGUACAUGCAAGAAAAUGAGGAACUCAGAGCGGAAAAUGCUGAAAUACAUCGUAUCAGAGAAAUCUUGAUUCGAGACCAUGAGGCAGUCUGCCGAGAGAAUGAACGCUUACAAAAUAAACUGCGUGACCUGGAAAUCGCGGCGACAAAUGGUGAAGGAUUGAGUCCAGCCAUGUUUGGAAGUACUCCGACACCGCCAUUGGGCACACCUGCAUCUGCCGGAAACGGCAGUUGGAGAACUCUGCAUGAGCUCGCCAAACAGCCGCUACCGAACAAAAAUAUGGAUAAGGAGUUAAGAGAAAUUCGCGAUACGUUAGGCUCGUCUGAUAGUGGCGGUUCGGGUAGGCGAAGUAGGCAGACCUCACAAGAACGACUCUUGCUAAGUCCGACCGUUACAAAAAUUGGAAGAUGCUAAGCUUCGCCAGGUGUAUGAGGAAAGCCAUCAGCGAUUCGAACAAAUUUAGCGAGAGUGGCAAUAAUAAUAAUAACGAUCAUAUGAUAAGAAAAAAUGA